AUGAGUGAACAAAUCAAUCGCUGGUGUCGUCGACCUGCUAUUAGCACAAGGAAGCUGCCGGAGAUAGAUAAUUGUCUACUAGGGUCGGUGAGUGAGUCUUCUUCUCUAUUUCUCGUAUGGUGUUCUUCUCCCUCUCCUGCCAUGUUCCACAAAGGUAUUUUCAAUUUAGGGGAAAAAGGGUAUAAAUGUGAUGCUUCUGAUAGUGGCUCAGAUGAUGAUGAAGACCCUUCGAUCUUUAUGGAUGGUAUGGUCCCUCCUGCAACAGAUGAAGACAUGUUUAAUAUCAUAAAUGAGGGGGUGGCAGAGAAGAAUCAGAACCAGAAGAAGAGACCAUCCAAGACAACCCAUGGUGGAUCAUCAAAGAAGAAGAAAGGUCCAGCUGCACCAUCCGAUGAACAUGCCCCUGAAAUCUCAUCUGAAAUGGCACUCAAGAAGAAGGAGUUCGUUGCACUGCCAUUUUCCAUGCUGAAGACUUAA